AUGAAGAGAUAUACUAAUACAGAAGAUUCAGCAGAGGAUUUAACUACUUACUGGGGUAGACUCAAGCAUUUUCAAAAUAUCAUAAGUCCUGCGUAAUGGCUUAGUAUUAUCAUAGCAAUAUUUUUUAUUCUCCUGAACAAUUAAGUGAAUACGGAAAGAUUUUAGAAAGCGUUGACAAAGAUCCUUCAAUCAGGACUAAAUACACAGAUUAAUAAUUGUGGAAAAUGAGAUAUGUUGUGGAUUCAAACAUUCACCCUUAAUUGAAAGAACCUGUAAAUAUUCUUUUCAGAACUUCAACAUUUGUUCCUGUAAAUGUUCCUUUAGCAUUUGGAUUAGCUGUAUUACCCCCAACAGUAAUUCUUCUUUUCAUUCAUAGCCUAUCAACCAAUUACUAGCUCAAUCUGCUAAUCAAACUUAUAACUUUAUGUUUAAUUAUUGUAAUAGAAAUGCAUCUAAUGUAUUUUCCAAUGAAAUGUUAGCAUGUAAAAUCUAAUCCUAUCCUUAGUCUCCUAUGGUGGAGCAGUAUCAUCAGCUGUAGUUGGAAGUUUAGGAACAUCUUGGCUCUUCAAGAAACUAAAUGCACCUGCACUUCUCAUUAGAGUAAAUAUAUCGCUCAUUCAAUUUAAAGGCCUGUCCCUUAUUUGGUGUUCUGAUUGCUAACACAUUCAAUCUUUUUUUCGCAAGAUAUCCUGAUUUUUAAAAGGGAAUUCAAGUUUUCGAUGAUGAAACCUAAGAACCCUUACCAGGAUUAUCUAAAGAGGCUGGUAAAUUCAUCAGUUACUAUUUUUUUAAGCAAAAAUUGCAUUCUUUAGAACACUUGUUACUAGAUAUAUAUUGCCAUUGCCCAUGUUUAUUCCACCCAUUGUCAUUUACUAUAUGAAAUAAGCAAAAUGUUAUCCUUAAGGGAGAGCAAUAGGCUUAGCACUCGACUUAAGUAUUUUCAUUAUAGUAACUAGGUUUGUCCGGAUUUUUCUUAUAUUGUGGUCUUUCUGUUGGAAUAGGAAUAUUCCCAUAAUAUUUAAAGGUUAAUCCAACCGAUCUGGAAUCAUAAUAUUAGAAUUUAACAAAUAGCAAAGGAAAUAAGAUUAAGACUAUCGUUUUUAAUAAAGGAUUAUGA